CGCAUCGACAGGCCCCUGUGCCACGACGAGGACGAGCAGCUCAGCUUCGAGGCCGUUCGCAACAUCCACAAGCAGAUGGACGAUGACGCCAACGGCAACGUGGACGUGGAGGAGAGCGACGAGUUCUUGAGGGAGGACUUGAAUUACCAUGACCCAACAGUCAAGCACAGCACCUUCCAUGGAGAAGACAAGCUCAUUAGUGUGGAAGAUCUCUGGAAGGCCUGGAAAACAUCUGAAGUGUAUAACUGGACGGUGGACGAGGUGGUUCAGUGGCUCAUCAGCUACGUGGAGCUGCCGCAGUACGAGGAGACCUUCCGAAAGCUGCAGCUGAGUGGCCAUGCCAUGCCCAGGCUCGCAGUGAACAACGUGACCAUGAUGGGGAGUGUUCUGAAGAUGACAGACCGAAGCCACAGGCAGAAGCUGCAGCUGAAGGCACUGGACACGGUGCUCUUUGGGCCUCCUCUCUUGACUCGGCACAACCACCUGAAGGACUUCAUGCUGGUGGUGUCCAUCGUCAUCGGCGUGGGCGGCUGCUGGUUCGCCUACAUCCAGAACCGCUACUCCAAGGAGCACAUGAAGAAGAUGAUGAAAGACCUGGAGGGUCUCCACAGGGCUGAGCAGUCUCUCCACGACCUUCAAGAAAGGCUGCAGAAGGCCCAGGAGGAGCAUCGCUCCGUGGAGGUGGAAAAGGUCCACCUGGAGAAGAAGCUGCUGGAUGAGAUCAGCAUUGCCAAGCAGGAGGCCCAUCGGCUGCGGGAGCUGCGGGAGGGCACCGAGAACGAGCUGAGCCGGCAGAAAUACGCGGAGCAGGAGCUGGAGCAGGUGCGGAUGGCCCUGAAGAACGCAGAGAAGGAGCUGGAGUCCCACUGCAGCUGGGCUGCCCCCGAGGCCCUGCAGAAGUGGCUGCAGCUGACCCACGAGGUGGAGGUCCAGUACUACAACAUCAAGAAGCAGAACGCUGAGAAGCAGCUGCUGGUGGCCAAGGAAGGGGCUGAAAAAAUCAAAAAGAAGCGCAACACCCUGUUUGGGACGUUUCAUGUUGCUCACAGCUCAUCCCUAGAUGAUGUUGAUCAUAAAAUCUUAACUGCAAAGCAGGCUCUCAGCGAGGUGACCGCAGCCCUGCGGGAGCGGCUCCACCGCUGGCAGCAGAUCGAGCUGCUCUGCGGCUUCCAGAUCGUCAACAACCCCGGGAUCCACAGCCUGGCCUCAGCCCUCAACAUCGACCCCAGCUGGAUGGGCACCCCCCGCCCCAACCCCUCACACUUCAUCAUGACCGACGACGUGGACGACCUGGAUGAAGAGCUGGUGUCCCCCAUGUCCAUCCAAUCUCCUGCCCUGCCCAGCACCGUUCGCCAGCGCCUGGUGGACCCUCCGCACGGCCACGGAUCCCAGAGGUUGGUAGAGGGUUCCAUGCAAGGGCAGAGUGAGCCGGGCCCGGCUGCCCCGCCCCGGGCAGGCAGAGUCUCUCUCCGUCGAAAGCACAACCUCUCCUCUGGAUACUCUUUCAGUUUUGACCUUCCUGGCACCAGCCCAUCAUCUGCUGCCACCGCCACCUCUUCCACCUUUUGCUCCUCAUCCAGCACCACUGCAUCUGCUCCUGCUUGCCAUGUCCACCCUAUCUAUUACCAUCACACCACCUCCUCUUAUUUCCUCCAGAUGGACUCCAUCCCUGAUCUGCCCCCUCCUGAUGUCACCUCUGGAGUUCGCUGUCGCACUGAGAGCUUUGGCCCCGAGAGCCCCAUGGCGACGAAGAAGACGACGAUGAUGACGGCGAAUCACGGCAUGGAGAAGUCCUCCAGCCUGGGGGAGAUCAGCCACCCGGCAGGCAAGCACAGCCACUCGGAUUCCUCCCGCUCCCACAGCCCCAGCUCCACCGACCCCGACACUCCCUCCCCCACCUCUGACUGCCGCGCCGGCGGCACCAAGAGCACCCGCAUCCCGCAGCUGGCGGCCAAGAAGAGCCCGGGGGACGAGGACAGCAGCCUGACGGGCGACGAGGUUGACCUCGGCCAGAGCAAGAAAAAAUUCCCCCUAAAGAUCUUCAAGAAGCCCAAGAAGUAG